GCUCGCGCUCGCUGGCUGGUGUGUGGGCGUGUGUGGCUAGCGCGGAGCCGCGCUUUCAUUGAUUGGGGCGGUCUUACUGGGAGAGGGAGCGCGCGAGGGCGUGCGGGUGUGGAACGCGCGCAGCACGGCAGCGGCACCCGCCCCACUAAGAAAACCGAGGCGGCGGCGCUGGAGGUGGCCAGCCCGGGGAGGUGAGGGGAGAGUCGUUUGCUCCGGAGGUGGAGAAAAACAAAAGCAGCAGCGAGCUCAUCAGUCUGCUUUGGUGGUGCUUGACAACAGUUCAGAAAAAUGGCUGCUAACAAGGCAAAAAACCAGAGCUCUCUGGCCCUCCACAAAGUAAUCAUGGUUGGCAGCGGAGGUGUGGGCAAAUCAGCACUGACACUUCAGUUUAUGUAUGAUGAGUUUGUUGAAGACUAUGAACCUACGAAGGCUGAUAGUUACAGAAAGAAAGUAGUUUUGGAUGGUGAGGAAGUACAGAUCGAUAUUUUGGAUACAGCUGGACAAGAAGAUUAUGCAGCUAUUCGAGACAAUUACUUCCGUAGUGGAGAGGGUUUUCUCCUAGUUUUCUCCAUAACUGAGCAUGAAUCCUUUACAGCAACAGCAGAGUUUAGGGAGCAGAUCCUGCGUGUAAAAGCUGAAGAGGACAAGAUACCUUUACUUGUGGUGGGAAAUAAAUCCGACUUGGAAGACCGUCGGCAAGUGCCUGUAGAAGCGGCUAGAAGUAAAGCAGACGAGUGGGGAGUGCAAUAUGUAGAGACAUCAGCAAAAACCAGAGCAAAUGUAGAUAAGGUAUUCUUUGAUCUAAUGAGAGAGAUUAGAGCCAAGAAGAUGUCGGAAAACAAAGACAAGAAUGGCAAGAAGAGCAGCAAGAACAAGAAGAGCUUUAAAGAAAGAUGCUGCUUAUUGUGAUCUUUAGGAACUGUACAUACAGGCUGCGGAAUUAACAAGACAUUUACCACUAAGGGUAGAGGACUGGAUGAAUGAGAAGACAUCUUGAUCCAAUAAGCUUUUCCACUCACAUAAUAGCCUUUUUGAAAGUGCAAAACUUGGUUUGAAAAAUUAUGAAGUUCAAUGAAUCCAUGUAUACUGAAAGGGACAAUUCUUGAAAGCAACUGUCCGUGCUAAAAGUAUUGCCAGCAAAUCUUCUUAUCAGCAGUAUGAUCACUCUGAAUUUCUCUCCUGAUGUUGCUCCCAAUGUUGGCACUCUCUCUAUGGACUCUUCCUCAGUCUUAUGCAGUGGCUAGUUCUGAUUGAAGUUCAACCAAAGUUACCUGCCUCUCCUAUGUGACUUCAGUUUUGGUGCUCCUAAUAAAGGCUUAAGCCUUUAGCCAUUCUUUUAAAAGGGAAAGUUAAGACAUACUGAGGUCUCUCUGGUCUCUGAAAUUUGCACACAACUGUAUUAAAGUAGGUUAUGAUGCUACUAUUUUGCCAACAUAUUGGAUGGACGCUAUAAGGACUUAGUCAUUCAGAAACAAAGACACAGUAGUGAGUUGGUGUUUGAGUCAUCGUUGCAGUAUUCCUGAAUUGAGCCUAUAAUUUCAGAGCAUUAGUGGUUAUAUUCUGGCACGCUGUAUUUCCAAUUUAUUUCCUCCUUCAUUCCAACAGCUUAUUCGGGGUAAACGGACAAGGCAUCUUUCUAAUAUUGAGAAAUUGAAGUAAUUCCAUCCUGUCUGCCAAGUACUAGACUUGCUCCCCCCUCCCCCCCUAAAAAACUUGAACAUUCUAUUUGUGGUGUUGCAGUGAGUUUGUAAACAUGUAUUGAAUCUGUAGAAAUUGGUGCAUUUUUACUCUUUCAGUGUUUAACAAGGGAAUUUGUUUCUUUUAAAAAAAAAAAUAUUGUGAGGGCCCACACUGAAAUCUAGUGAUUUUCCAUUCAGUCUCAUUUGAAGUCUGAGAGGACCAUCCAUGAGUAACUAACUCUGCACACACUCAAUUGAAAUUAAUUGUAAUUAUGCAAAUCUAAGGCCCUUGUGCAGCAGAGUCCUGGGGAUUGUGCCAUACAGAAGCACUUUGCUAUUUAACUAUGCUGGGUUUUCCUUCCCUUUCUGUAAUGAGUUAUUGCUGUAUUUGUAAUUUCAAGAGUUGCAUUUGAACACUCAAUACUAUUUUGCUAAGAGCAGGGGUGUGUGGGAUUAAAGCAAGUGAAAUGAGUGAUCUUUUCACAACUUUACACUUGCCCCUUUAAAGUGACAUCUGAGCUAAUUAUGUGAAGUUGCCAAAAAGCCUGACCCUUAUUGUUGUUGCACAGGUUGUAUUAAUUCUGCUGCUGCUGCAAAACUUUUUAUAUAGUUACUCAAUAAAUCAUGGGGAGAAGUCUGUAUUAUAAAGGCAGCUAAAUAUACGUACUAAAAGCUUUUUUCUGAUUUUGUCACUACUUCAUUGUUAAUGUUGUGGAUGGAAAAGCAUGUGCAGGUGAGCAGAUGAGCUUCUGAAAUUAUUUUUUUGCAGGCACAAUAGGUGAGCAACUUGGGUGUGAUCACACAGGUGAUCGUUAUUUUAUCUGAUUACAAAAUAAGUUCAGAAUCCACCUGGAAGAAAGUUGUGCAUGGGUGCUCUGAUAUAGCAGCAGCUUUGCGAAAUCAGUUGCUGCUUAUAAGUAUGAGAAGAGGGGGCAGCAGUCUGGAAACUACAACUAAGAGUAAGUGUGUCUGGAUGUUUACAAAACUCAGUGUUUCUCUUGCAUAAGGGCAGAGGUUAGUUACCAAAUAGGACUAUGAGAGAGCUGCCAAAGUAAAGAAAUCUCAAUUUAAAGCUGCAUACAUUUGCAUGCAAAUGAAACAGUACUAAAGUGAUAAAUGAACAUGUGGCAAUAUGCGCCCUCUUUAGUUGCAUUUUUCCUAUGCUUGAGAUAAGGUUUUCAAGCUUCUGGUAUCUCUAGAUGUUUCUUUUCCUGUGUGAUGGCAAAACCUGUUCAACCUAGCCUCUGUACAGUGGCUGAAAACUGCAUUUUGGCUGCUGGUGUCAUCAGGGUUAAGUCCUGCUCAGGCAGCAAGUCUGAUUUGCCAGCAUGUCAUAACUUCACCUCUCUGUGCCUCAUCGAAGUACCAUUUCUCUCUCACUCUUGCAGCAAGAGGGCCAAAUGCUUCUGGAACAGUUGAUUGUUUCCAGAUCAGUAGUGUUGAUUGAGAAGACAGAAACCUGUUCCCCCACCAUCACCACAGUUGGUUUAGAAAUUGUUCAUUGGGGAGAUCUAGGAGCAUAUCUAGAACUUGAGGGAGAAAUCCCCAUUCCAGCUUACCUGUAGGGAAGGACAGCUUUUUCACCCAACAGAUCCUAUUUCUUGGGCAGAUUCUGUUUCUCAAAGUGGGAAUGAGUUAACACAUCCCUAGGUUUCAUCAGCUCUGAUUGUUCCCUGCCUGAAAUCAAUGACGUUUCCCCACUCUUAUGUAAGGACUCUCCAGAGUUGUUUACCAGGUCCAGUUCUACAAUCCAGUGUUGACUGACCACCUGUGCAGAGAAACAGCCAAUUUACUUGGGCAAGCACUUCCCAAUCAUUGAUGGAAAAAUUAUAAUUCAACCAUGUUCCCUAGUGUAAGUGAAAUCUUUUUUGUUCAAUCCACCCAAGUCUUUGGAAAGAAACAGGAUGUUGACUGUGCAAUGAGUCUUGGAUGUGAGACUUCUGUGGACAACUUUGUUUUUAAUCUCUCAUAAAAUCACCAGCAGCUAGUAACUUUCAUUAGCUGUGACAUGUCCAUCUGGAUUUACAGCCACUCUUUCGCCAAAUAAAAGCGAUAGAAUGGUAAGACUAUUUUUUUAAUGGUUAGUAUUUCCUUAAAUCAUAAUUACAGGAGGGCUAUAUAAACCAUUGCUGUGGUUUAGGAGGAAUAUGGCCCUUAAAUUGAAAAAUUGACUCCUCUCAUUGUAGAAAUGGCAAUAAGAGGGAAAGCAAUGGCAUGAUAAUGUGCUUGGGUCACAUUGCUUCUUAAUGUUAUUGGGGGAAAGGUUUCUUACUAUUGUAGUUAUUUUCCUUAUAUUAAGUUUAAAUCCAAUAUUGAAACAAUUACAGAUGCUUUUUGGAAGAGAUGAGAAAUGCUACAAAACAAAUUGUCAAGGCAGAUCAAAUCAAUAACAAUGAAAAUACCAAGCAAGACCAAUAAGGCACAGUAACCCAUCAGUGUCAAUAAAGGGCAAAUGGUUCUGAUAUUGCUGAGGAUUUGUCUCUUCCUUCCAGCAUCUCAUUAAUCGGGAAUGAAAGCCAAGCACUAAGUAAAGAUUCUUAUCUAGAGAUGGACCUUUUGAUCUCUCAAUUGUUAGGUUAGUUCAAGGUGGUCCCACAUGCAUCCCAAGGGCCACAUGCAGCCCUUGGGGUCUUUUUUUGGUAGCCCUCAGCAACAUUUGACACUCUCCCCAGCCCUUGCACUGCCUUCCCAAAGCCAAGUAAGCAAGGUGCUGGGCUUGGGGAAGGAGGUGUGAGGACUCUGACAGGAUCCUGCCUCCUUCCCAAUCCCUUGUUAGCACUUUUCCAGCCAGUGCUUUGUGCCUUCUCUUCCCAAAGCCCAGCGCCAAGGUUUCCUUUUCUUAAAGGCCAGUCAUCUAAUAGCUGCAUUUUGCUAAUGUAUGCACACUAAGCAAUGUUGUGCAUCACAGAAUCUGCCAUGUUUCCGUAUUGUGCAGUUGCACCCACAUACACAUCUGUAUGUGCACAUUUUGGAUGUAACAUCUGUCAGACAGAUCUAACCCAAAGGGUGGCUUCCAGCUGAUGAGCAGAAAGACACCAAAUGACUUGUGUUUUUGCACUGUCUGGGCAGAGGAGCUCCUAUGUAAUAUUUACUAGUGACCAAGGCUGCUAAUCCUCUCUCUGUGUGUAAAGCAACCACCAAAGUAUCAAUAAAAUUUGCAUAAAUG